CUUCCGGAAGUAGUAUACGUCAUUGCCAACAGAUUCAUAUUUCCAUCGCAUUUACAUUGCUGAGAAAAAUCGUCGGUUUUAGCGGCGUAACAUAUUGCAAAUAAGUGCGAAAUAUUGUGAUAAACUUCUCCUAGUAUUAGUUAAUCUAGUUCAAUUUUAAUAAAUUCAAUAUGUUUAUCUUGGAUUGGUUCACUGGUGUCCUCGGCUUCCUUGGUUUGUGGAAGAAAUCAGGUAAACUAUUGUUCCUGGGCCUAGACAAUGCGGGCAAGACCACUCUGCUGCAUAUGUUGAAGGAUGACAGAUUAGCGCAGCACGUGCCAACACUGCAUCCCACAUCGGAGGAGCUGUCUAUAGGCAGUAUGCGGUUCACGACGUUCGACCUGGGCGGGCAUCAACAGGCGCGCCGCGUGUGGCGCGACUACUUUCCCGCCGUCGACGCCAUCGUGUUCCUGGUCGAUGCCUGCGACCGUCCGCGCUUGCACGAGUCCAAGGCCGAGCUGGACUCGCUGCUGACAGACGAGACGCUCAGCAACUGCCCCGUGCUGAUCCUCGGCAACAAGAUCGACAAGCCCGGCGCCGCCAGCGAGGACGAGCUGCGGCAGUUCUUCAACCUCUACCAGCAGACCACUGGAAAGGGCAAGGUGUCCCGGUCGGAGCUGCCCGGGCGGCCGCUGGAGCUGUUCAUGUGCUCGGUGCUGAAGCGCCAGGGCUACGGCGAGGGCUUCCGCUGGCUCGCGCAGUACAUCGACUGAGCGCCGCAUACAACAUAGCUGCUUGUGGCCGGUGCACCCACCCUGUUAACAGAGUAAACACAAAUGAGUAGGUCAUCUUCAUAGAAACGCACGGGCGCGGUUUGCAUGUGAGCGCGCCAACACGUAUGCCGCGCGCACGCACACACUGACUAGCGGGGAUUAGCGGGGAGCCAGUCGUGGUUGCGCCGAAUUUUGUCAGUGUGUGCGUGCGCGCUGCAUACGUAUAUUAGCGCGCUCACAUACAAACCGCGCUCGGUGCGUUUCUAUGAAGAUGACCUACUCAUUUGUAUUUACUCUGCUGUUACUUCCCGCUUCAAUCUCGCAUGAUGCCUUCAGCAUGUAACCCUCGUGUGAUCACGAAGGCUAGGGUUCCACCAAGACACAGCGGAGAAAUGUUUUGAACGACCAAUCGAAUGUCAUUCAGAUUGAAUGAAAAUUGGUUAUUUAAAACAUUUCUCCGCUCCGCUCCACCUCGGUGGAAACCGAGCCUAAUACUAAACUUAAUUACUUUCUAAUUAGUUAAUUAUUACGUUCCAAGCUCAAUUUAUUUCUAUUUCUCUCUGUUUAAUUCUGUAACCGGUUCCCUACAAAACAUGAGCAGCUACGUCAAUAGAUGUGUGUGUUUGCAUCUGAGCAGCCUCCCUCGCUUACUAGUAAUGUAUUACUAGACCCUUGUCCUAAUGUUAAGUAUCAAGAUCUUCCUGAACGUUUUAUUUCACUUGAGACCCGGUUUAAUACAAAAUAAUCGUGGGGGGUCUUGUAUGUAUCAUCAAUUUCAGACAGUUGUAAGGUCAUCCAUUUUAUUAAAUAAAUCAACGAAGAUUGUGCGGAGACUAAAGUUUGAUGUAACUAUAAUAAUAGUAGUUUGUAUUAGUCAAAGAUUAAUGGAUUGAGAUCACCUUUGUAUUUUGUUUGUAAAUAAAAAGGAACUAUCAAUUUGAAGCAA